AUGUACGCCUCUACCCUUCGCACAACAUCAAAAGCCGCCCCCAGCGCGCGGUACGCGUUCUCAGCGCGUCGCGUCGCGGGCAAGCGCACCUUCCAGCGAUUCCAGUCCACUGGUCCCUCUUCGUCUGUCUCGCAACAAACCAGCUUCGGCACCUCGCAUGUGGUCGCCGGACUCGCCGGUGGCGGCGCUGUCCUCCUUGGAGGGUACGCGUGGUACCACUUCUCCGGCGUGAAAACGGCGGUCAACGCGUCGCAAACCGCCACGAAGUACUACCAGGACACGAAAGCCGCGAUAGCCGAGAAGGCUCCGAAGAACCCGAACGAAGCGCUCGAGUACCUGCGCGGCGUCGCGCGCUCGUACCUCGUCCUCAUCCCUGGCGCGCGCCCGCACGUCGAUGCCGCGUUCGACACCAUUGACGAGCUGCGCGAGUCCCAUGGAGAGGAAGUGAACCGCAUUGUGUCCGACGGGUACGAGGAGGUGCGCAAGAUCGUGCAGGCGAGCGGAAGUGGGGUGGAUGUCGCGACUGCGACGAAGGUCUACGAGGUGCUCCGGAAGCGGAGUGGAGAGCUGCAGGCUCUUGGGGAGAAGGCGGGCAAGGACGCGUUCGGGUCGCUGAGCGAGAAGUACCCGCAGGUGUCGGAGAAGCUCGGCGGUGGGUACGACGAGCUGAGGAAAUUGGCGCAGUCGAAGGGCCCAGAGGCGAAGAAGUUGUAUGAUGAGACGAGCGACCAGAUCAAGGAGAUUUUCUCCAAGGGCUUCUCCCAGGAAAGCCUCGACCAGGCGCGAAAGCUGAUCCAGUCGAAGACGGCUGAGAUUCGCAAGAUCGCAAAGUCGUCGUCGCAGGACGCGUGGCAGAAGGCGCUGAAGGAGGCCGGGCCCUACCUCGACAAGCUCCCCGACAUCAAGAAGCUCCUGGAAGAGAACCAGGACAAGUUCAUCGCCGCCGGGGCCGCGACGCUCACUGGAGGCAGCUCGAGCGCACAGGAGAUCUUCAAGCGCGUCAAGGAGGUUGCAGAGGGCGACAGCGCGAAGAACAAGGAGAAGCUAAAAGAGUUGCGAGACUUCGUGCAAAAGCAGGCGGAGGAGGCAGAGCAGCAGGGCACCGCUCAGCUGGAGAAAGGGUGGGAGUACCUGCAGGAGUGGCUGCGAGCCAUGCCUGGCGGGGAAGAGGCGCUGAAGCGGGUGCCUGACGUGAAGGUGUUCGUUAAGGUGUCACAGGAUAAGCGAGAGGAGGCAAAGAAGCUGGCGCAGGAGACGUAUGAGGCAGUGCUGAAGGUGCUCGAGGAGAAAGGAAAGAAGGCGAAGCAGCUAAGCGAGGAGGUAAAGGAGGACACAAAGAAGAAGAGCUCGUGA